UUGCUACACAGAGACCUGGGCAGCUCAGGUGUUCUGUGCUUAAAUCACUGACUUUUAGCUAACAAAUUCCAGAAAAAGGACCUUCAAUCAGGAGAAUUGGCCGCUGCUGUUUUCUUGCAUUGGAAGGGAAAUAAUGCUCCAUUCUACCUUGGCCUUGUCCCUCCUGCUAAUUGCAGUCACUUCCAACCUUGCAAUGGCAAUUAAAAAGGAAAAAAGAGCACCUCAGACACUAUCAAGAGGGUGGGGAGAUGAAAUUACUUGGGUACAGACUUAUGAAGAAGGGCUUUAUCAGGCAAAGAAAAGUAACAAGCCGCUGAUGGUAAUUCAUCAUUUGGAAGACUGUCAAUACUGCCAAGCACUGAAGAAAGCUUUCGCAGAAAAUGAAGAAAUACAGGAAAUGGCCCAAAAUAACUUCAUUAUGCUGAAUCUCAUGCAUGAAACCACAGAUAAAAACCUGUCACCUGAUGGACAAUAUGUGCCUCGAAUCAUGUUUGUAGACCCAUCUCUCACAGUAAGAGCUGAUAUCACGGGAAGAUACUCCAACCGGCUUUACACUUACGAACCGCAGGACAUGAUGUUCCUAAUAGAGAACAUGAAGAAAGCACUACGCCUCAUUCAGACAGAAUUGUAACCAGUAACAGUGAAAUGACCACAACAUCCACGAGGUGAAGCUGCACCUCUCUGUCUCUACUUGCAAACUGAGCUUUUAUCAAGCAGAUUUUGUAUAUCAGAUUUAAGAAAUGUAUAUGUACAACUUGGAGAACAAAGACAGAAAGACUAAAGCACCCAUCUGGAAAACAUGAGGAGAAAUAUAUUAAACACUUUGAAAUUAAUUAUCUAAAUAACUAAAAAUGAUGGGUUUAAGUGCAGCAAAUUUGAGCUGUAUUUUAGCAAUCCAACUAUGACUCUGUUAGGUCAGCCAUGACUUCUGAAGAGGAGUUACAAGCAACUUAUUUUUUUUUAAUGUCUAUUUGCAAUGUAUUACAUGAGUUAAUAUCUGCAUCUUGCCUCUCCAUUUUAACUUCUACUGCAAGAAGCUUAUUAGUUGUUAAUGUACCCCUGCUUUAUACAGUCAUUUCUUGUUAAAGUAAAGGAAACUUUGCUGUCAAAUCAGACUAGAAUGCUCAUGCUAUACAUUUUGGAAUAGCUUACAUAGAAAAAAAAAACAAAAACAAACCACAAACAAACAAAAAAAUCACAACAAAAACUAAGCAAAACAAAACAAAAACCAUACCCCAGCAUUCUGGACUUAUCCUUCUGUACACAAUCCUUUAACUUUUGUUGUGGUUGCUUAACAGAGAGACUGAGCAUGCAGUCCCAGUGAGGUGAUAAUAAUCAAAGGGCAGCUGCACAUUUUGCUCCAAUAAAGAUACAGUGAAGCAAGAGAGAUGGAAGGAGAUAGACCCAGAACUCCAAUCCUGAGGCUAAGUGAUGUUUGUAAAUUCUGGCAUGGGAAAAAUGAGAGGGUUAUCCUAGCUCUUUGCAUUUUAAUGGCAUUUCAGUCAUGGGAAGCUCAUCCCAGGUCAUUCCCUCCUUUUCUGCAGCAUUCCACCAUGAAGGUGGCAGCUCACUGAGGGAAUCUGGACAUACAAAAUCUUGGCAAAAUUUUCACAGGAUUACUGUAUGUAAGGGUGGACACCUGCUUUGAAUAAAAAGCUGAAGUCAAUUGCAAUGGUUUAUUAUCCCAGCAAUGUGAGUUUCUGUUAGAGUAAAGUAGUCAGCAAUUCACCUCCAGUAGUAGAAUGUAUUUUAUAUAUAAAGCACCUGUGUCAUUUUUUUGUGCCACUGUGCUUGCUGUGAUUCUGCCUGUGAACACAUAAGAGGUGAGAGAAAGAUCUCUGCAGAAAAGCUUUGCUAAUUCACAAUACCUAGUAUUAAUAUGUCAUGAGUGAUUUCUAUUGCACACAUCUGCAUUUUAAUAAUUACAUAAAAUUUGAAUAUAAGCAUAUAUUCCAAUGGAUUGGAGAUAAAUGACCUGUACACUAAGAGAAAAAAAAUUUAUUUCAGUCAUUAGAAAUGUACUGUCUUUACAAUCAGCAUGAUGUUUUUA